AUGGCCAGCGAUGCACCAGUAGCGAAGAAGGCCAGAACCGAGAAGAUUAUUGGCACCCAUAAUGGCACCUUUCACUGCGACGAAGCCCUCGCUGUCUUUCUCCUGAGGCAUACUACCGCUUACCAAAAUUCCGAGGUCAAACGAUCUCGCGACCCAACCGUUCUUGAUGCUUGCGAUAUUGUUGUUGAUGUUGGCGCCGUGUAUGACGAAUCUAAACAAAGAUUCGACCAUCAUCAAAGAGGGUUUGAGGAAGUCUUUGGCUGGGGAUUUACUACCAAGCUAAGUUCGGCCGGUCUGGUGUACAAACAUUUUGGCAAAGAGAUCAUCUCAAAUCAAACACAGUUACCUCUAGAUCAUCCUGGUGUUCAGACCCUAUGGCUGAAGCUAUACAAGGAACUCGUUGAAUCGAUCGAUGCCAACGAUAACGGUAUAUCUCAAUACCCCACUGACCUCAAGCCCCGGUAUAGAGUGCGCACAGACCUAUCUAGUCGCGUUGCGCAGUUAAAUCCUCCCUGGAACAAGUCGUUGGACGCUCAGGGCAUGGAUAUUCUAUUCGAAAAAGCUUCCUCAUUAACUGGGUCAGAAUUUCUUGGUCGUCUGGAAUAUUACGCCAAUGCCUGGCUUCCAGCAAGGGAUCUUCUCAUUUCCGCUAUCCAGAGCAGUAAAAGCAAAGUAGACUCAUCAGGGAAGAUCAUCCUCUUGGAAAGCUUUUUGCCUUGGAAAGAGCACCUUUUUGACCUCGAAUCAGAGGAUGCUUCGUCAACACCUCCCGCAGCAACGUAUAUUGUCUAUCCUGACGAAUUUAGCGGAAACUGGCGUGUUCAAGCUGUUCCUGUAUCUCCAGAGAGCUUUGAGAGUAGGAAGGCGCUUCCGGAAAAGUGGAGAGGUUUACGAGAUGACGUUUUCAGUGAGACCUCUGGUAUACAAGGAGGUAUAUUUGUUCAUGCAAGUGGAUUCAUUGGAGGAAACAAAACCAAGGAAGGUGCUCUCCAGAUGGCCAAAGUUGCUGUGGAGAUGUAG